UUCAAUAUGGCUGCCCCCAGGGAAAGCGGGGGCCGCCGGGGAAGUGCACACCCCAAAUCCCUCCCCGCAUGGAUCGCGGCGCGGAGUUCAGGAGAUGGAAGGCGCAGUGUCUGAGCAAAGCGGACCUCAGCCGGAAGGGCAGUGUGGACGAGGAUGUGGCCGAGCUUGUGCAGCUCCUGAAUGGGCGAGAACAGUUUUUUACCACCAGCUCCUGCGCGGGGCGCAUCCUCCUCCUCGAUGGGAAUAUAAAUGGCUUUGAGGUUCAGAAACAAAACUGUUGCUGGCUCCUAGUUACACACAAGCCUUGUGUAAAAGAUGAUGUGAUUGUAGCUCUGAAAAAAGCGAAUGGUGAUGCCAUUUUGAAAUUUGAACCUCUUAUUCUUCAUGUGCAGUGUCGAGAGUUGCAGGAUGCACAGAUUCUGCAUUCAGUGGCGAUAGAUUCUGGUUUCAGGAACUCUGGCAUAACAGUGGGAAAGAGAGGAAAGACUAUGUUGGCUGUCCGGAGCACACAUGGCUUAGAAGUUCCAUUAAGCCAUAAGGGAAAACUGAUGGUGACAGAGGAAUACAUCGACUUCCUAUUAGAGACAGCAAAUCAAAAAAUGGAGGAAAACAAGAAGAGAAUUGAAAGGUUUUACAACUGCUUACAACAUGCUUUGGAAAGAGAAAGCAUUACUGACUUAAAUCCCAAAGAGAAAAUCAUCAAGAAAAAUAAUUCAUAUUCUCGUAAGAAAAAAAGAAACCGAGAAAAAGCAUGUGGCAAAUGUGUUACUGAAGACAAUGAUAAAGAACUUGAAAAUGACGAUGAUCCUGGAGUCAGUGUUACUAUCUUCCCUGAAGGUUACUGAGAUUUGGUUCUACAGUGUCUUUGGUAGAAUAAUGUUUUCUAAUAAUUAUUACAAAGCUGCUCUUUAUAAGAGUAUUUUAGUUUAUUGAGUGUAUCAGACAUUCAGAAAAGCAAGAUUUAAUUUUUCUCUAUAUUUUAGAGACACCCAUCUUAUAAACAUAGAUGCCUUUUUAAAAUAGCUGUGUAUAAUAUUUGCUCAUUAAGUACUCUUUUAAAUUACAGAAAUUCAUUACAAAAAUAAAAUUAUGAUUAUC